CAGUCAGAUGAAAAAGGAACGAAGGUCCCCAACAAAAAAACGUAAUCUGCUUAGCCAUUCGACACCCUCAGAGAGUGUAGUGGAGUCUCUGCGAAGAGGAGCAAACGGAAGAUGGCAGCCAUGGCUGCGUUACAGCUCUCCAUGUCUUCCCUUUCUCUCUCUAAAUCUUUCCUGGGCCAGAGCCUUUCUCCCACUCUUUACCCAUGCCAGGUUCAACGCCCCACUCAGCCAUCCCCUGUGGUAAUGAAGUUAAAGCGAUGGGAACGGAAGGAGUGCAAACCUAACAGCCUCCCGGUGCUGCACAAAAUGCAUGUUAAAGUAGGAGAUACAGUACAAGUAAUAUCUGGGCGUGAUAAAGGGAAGAUUGGUGAAAUAACAAGUAUUUUUAAACAUAAUAGCACUGUCGUAAUCAAGGACAUUAACCUUAAGACCAAGCAUAUGAAAAGCAGAGAAGAGGGUCAACCUGGACAGAUUGUGAAGAUUGAAGCUCCUGUUCACAGCUCAAAUGUGAUGCUGUAUUCCAAAGAAAAGCAAGUUGCCAGCCGUGUAGGACACAAAAUCCUUGAAGAUGGUACUAGAGUACGUUACCUCUUGAAAACGGGUGAGGUGAUUGAUAGUCCUGAGCAAUGGAAGAGGGUGGUAAAGGACAGGACAAAGAAUGAAAGUUCUUCAUGAGUAAUUACUUGUUUGUCACUUUUCCUUCUUUCCCUUUGAUAUCUCUUUAGAUGUAUUUUAUCAGGUUGCCCAUCGUUAGGAUGGAAUGGAGCUGGGUAGUCAUUCAUUUACUGUACAUCUAUGAUAGGGACGGUGGAGAACUGUUUCUUUCACCAGAAGUUGCUUUUUCCCUGAGAACGCAAGUGUAUGAAUUUGAUCUCUUAGAUAUCUAUAUUCUCAAAAUGGCCUUUUAUGUUAUCAUGUA